CCGCGUUCCGCGACACACAGGCGGCGGCGGCUGGCUCAGAGCAGAGAUGCAGCGGCUCGGGGGCACCCUGCUAUGCCUGCUACUUGCAGUGGCGGUCCCUACGGCCCCCGCACCCACUCCGACGGCGACUUCGGCUCCAAUUGAGCCGGGCCCGGCUCUCAGCUACCCGCAGGAGGAAGCCACCCUCAACGAGAUGUUCCGUGAGGUUGAGGAACUGAUGGAGGACACGCAGCACAAACUGCGCAGCGCGGUGGAAGAGAUGGAGGCAGAAGAGGCUGCUGCUAAGACAUCAUCAGAAGUGAACCUAGCUAGCCUACCUGCCAGCUAUCACAAUGAGACCAACACAGACACCAGGGUGGGAAACAACACCAUCCAUGUGCACCGAGAAAUUCACAAGAUAACCAACAACCAAACCGGACAGACGGUCUUUUCAGAGACAGUUAUUACAUCUGUGGGAGAUGAAGAAGGCAAAAGGAGCCACGAGUGCAUCAUUGACGAGGACUGCGGGCCCUCCAGGUACUGCCAGUUCGCUAGCUUCCAGUACACCUGCCAGCCGUGCCGGGAGCAGCAGAUGCUCUGCACCCGGGACAGUGAGUGCUGUGGAGACCAGCUUUGCGUCUGGGGUCACUGCAACAAAAAGGCCACCAGAGGUGGCAAUGGAACCAUCUGUGACAACCAGAGGGACUGCCAGCCUGGGCUGUGCUGCGCCUUCCAAAGAGGCCUGCUGUUCCCCGUGUGCACACCCCUGCCCGUGGAGGAUGAGCUCUGCCAUGACCCGGCCAGCCGGCUCCUGGACCUCAUCACCUGGGAGCUGGAGCCUGAUGGAGCUUUGGACCGAUGUCCAUGUGCCAGUGGCCUCCUCUGCCAGCCCCACAGCCACAGCCUGGUGUAUGUGUGUAAGCCAGCCUUCGUUGGUAGCCACAGCCAAGACGGGGACAGCCUGCUGCCCAGGGAGGCUCCUGAUGAGUAUGAAGAUGGUGGCUUCAUGGAGGAGGUACGCCAGGAACUGGAGGACCUGGAGAGGAGCCUGACCCAGGAGAUGGUGCUCGGGGAGCCUGCUGCUGCUGAGCUGCUGGGGGGAGAGGAGAUUUAGAUGCAAACCCGUGUCGCGGGUAGACGUGCAAUAGAAAUAGCUAAUUUAUUUCCCCAGGUGUGUCCCCUAGGUGUGGGCUGGCCAGGCUUUCCCCCGUGUCUUCUCCCCAGUAAACUUUCCCUCUGGCUUAACAGAAUGAGGUGCUGUGCGUUCGUCCAGCUGCUCGCGGCUGCCCUCCACGCGUCACCGUGCUGGUGCUUGAGAAAGACCGGGCCUGGCAGGGUGAGGGCAGAACCCAGCCCCUGGGCCCCUAUGGGUGGGCAGGCAUUAUUUGAGAACUGUUGGAAGGGAAAAGGUGAAA